CCGGCGCUGCCCUCCCGCCGCCGCCGCCCUCCGCGCCUCCUCGGGCGGCCCCGCCCCCGUUCCCAUCCCCCUCGGCUCACCUCCGACUGUGCCGCGCGCGAGGCGGAGAGAGGCGCCGGCCGCCGCAGCCUCGGUGCUGAGGGGCGAGAGCCGGGCCCCUAGCCGAGCUGACAGGAGGAGCGCCGAGAGGCCCCGCCGUGCCGGAGCCGAACGCCGAGCCUCCGGGAGGCGUCCGAGGGCUCGCGACGUGCUGCGGGAGUCGCGAGCGGGCGGGCGGCACGGUCCUCACAGGAGACCCCCGGGACUCCGACUGGACCCUGAGGUGCGGCGCGCCCCUCCGAGCGGCAGUUUUGUACUAAAAGAGCACAACCAUGUUUCGGAAUAGUCUCAAAAUGCUUCUUACUGGUGGGAAAUCAAGUCGUAAAAACAGGUCAAGUGAUGGAGGAAGCGAGGAACCACCGGAUCGAAGACAGUCAAGUGUAGAUUCUCGCCAAAGCCGCUCUGGGCAAGGUGGCAUCUCCACAGAAAGUGACUGUGCUUUUGAGCCAGAUUAUGCUGUUCCACCACUUCCAGUGAGUGAAGGUAUGCAGCACAUUCGGAUUAUGGAGGGCAUGUCUCGCUCUCUUCCAUCCUCCCCCUUACUCACACAUCAGUCUAUCAGUGUUCGGCUCCAACCUGUGAAGAAAUUAACUGCCCCUCUGAGGAAGGCAAAGUUUGUUGAGAGCCCACGAAUUCCAGAAUCCGAGCUUGGCUCCCCAACUCUCACUUCAGCUCAGAAACUGGACGUGGAUGCAUACUGCCCUGGGGAUGCUGAACAGGAGCUUGGUCCCCCUCCAUCUGUAGAUGAGGCAGCAAACACACUCAUGACUCGUCUGGGUUUCCUCCUUGGAGAGAAAGUCACGGAAGUUCAGGCAGGUGACCAAUACAGCAUGGAGGUUCAGGAUGAAAAUCAGACCUCAGCAAUCACCCAGCGGAUAAGUCCCUGCUCCACCCUGACUAGCAGCACUGCCUCUCCACCUGCCAGUAGCCCCUGCUCUACCCUCCCACCAGUCAGUACAAAUGCAACUGCCAAGGACUGUAGCUACGGGGCUGUCACCAGCCCAACCUCCACCCUUGAAAGCAGAGAUAGUGGCAUCAUUGCUACAUUGACAAACUAUUCUGAAAACAUGGAGCGUACAAAAUAUGUUGGAGAAAGCAGUAAAGAAUUAGGAUCUGGAGGAAACCUAAAACCAUGGCAGUCCCAAAAAUCCAGCAUGGACUCCUGUCUGUAUCGAGUAGAUGAAAACAUGACUGCCUCCACCUACAGUCUGAACAAGAUCCCAGAGAGGAAUUUGGAAACAGUGUUGUCACAGUCAGUGCAGUCUAUUCCUUUGUAUCUCAUGCCUCGGCCAAAUUCAGUAGCAGCCACCAGCUCCGCCCAUUUGGAGGAUCUUGCUUACCUGGAUGAGCAGAGACAUACUCCUUUGAGAACGUCUCUUCGGAUGCCAAGACAGAGUAUGGGUGGCGCUCGCACACAGCAGGAUCUGAGAGUUCGCUUUGCACCUUAUAGGCCUCCAGAUAUCUCCCUGAAGCCUCUUCUCUUUGAAGUGCCCAGCAUUACUACAGAGUCUGUGUUUGUUGGCCGGGAUUGGGUUUUCCAUGAAAUCGAUGCUCAGCUUCAGAGUUCCAAUACCAACGUGAACCAAGGAGUAGUGAUUGUGGGAAACAUUGGGUUCGGCAAAACUGCCAUCAUCUCCAGACUGGUGGCCCUCAGCUGCCAUGGUACACGGAUGAGACAGAUCGCCUCGGACAGCCCACAUGCCUCCCCCAAACAUGUGGAUGCCAACAGAGAGCUGCCACUCACCCAGCCGCCUUCCGCCCACUCAUCUAUCACCAGUGGAAGCUGCCCAGGAACUCCAGAAAUGCGCAGGCGGCAGGAGGAGGCUAUGCGAAGAUUAGCCUCACAGGUGGUUGCCUAUCACUAUUGCCAAGCAGAUAAUGCCUACACUUGCCUAGUACCAGAGUUUGUCCACAAUGUUGCUGCACUGCUCUGCCGCUCACCUCAGCUGACAGCUUACCGGGAACAGCUUCUUCGGGAGCCUCACCUGCAAAGCAUGCUGAGUCUUCGGUCCUGUGUUCAAGACCCCAUGGCCUCCUUCCGGAGGGGAGUCCUGGAGCCCCUGGAGAAUCUCCACAAAGAGAGAAAAAUCCCAGAUGAAGAUUUCAUCAUUUUAAUUGAUGGAUUAAAUGAAGCAGAAUUUCACAAACCGGAUUACGGGGAUACAAUUGUAUCAUUUCUGAGCAAAAUGAUUGGAAAUUUUCCUUCUUGGCUCAAACUAAUUGUAACAGUUAGGACCAGUUUACAGGAAAUUACCAAGUUGCUGCCUUUCCAUAGGAUUUUUUUGGAUCGACUAGAAGAGAAUGAAGCCAUAGACCAGGACUUGCAGGCUUACAUCCUGCACCGGAUACACAGCAGCUCAGAGAUCCAGAAUAACAUUUCACUUAAUGGCAAAAUGGACAAUACUACAUUUGGCAAACUCAGUUCUCAUCUCAAGACCCUCAGCCAAGGGUCUUAUCUCUACCUGAAACUCACAUUUGACCUCAUAGAGAAAGGCUAUCUAGUGUUAAAGAGCUCUAGCUACAAAGUAGUUCCUGUUUCACUCUCUGAGGUUUAUUUACUCCAAUGCAAUAUGAAGUUCCCAACUCAGUCUUCCUUUGACCGGGUGAUGCCUCUCCUGAAUGUGGCAGUGGCCUCUCUCCACCCACUGACUGAUGAACAUAUCUUCCAGGCCAUCAAUGCUGGUAGCAUUGAAGGCACACUAGAAUGGGAAGAUUUUCAGCAGAGAAUGGAGAACCUCUCCAUGUUCCUAAUCAAGCGCAGAGACAUGACUCGAAUGUUUGUGCAUCCUUCUUUUCGAGAAUGGCUUAUCUGGAGAGAAGAAGGAGAGAAAACCAAAUUUCUCUGUGAUCCCAGGAGUGGUCACACAUUACUUGCCUUCUGGUUUUCCCGCCAAGAGGGGAAACUAAACAGACAGCAGACUGUUGAACUGGGACAUCACAUCCUCAAAGCACACAUCUUUAAGGGUUUGAGUAAAAAAGUUGGUGUAUCAUCCUCCAUCCUCCAAGGUCUCUGGAUCUCCUAUAGCACAGAAGGUCUUUCCAUGGCAUUGGCCUCUUUACGAAAUCUCUACACUCCAAAUAUAAAGGUCAGCCGACUGCUGAUUUUGGGAGGUGCCAAUAUUAAUUACCGGACAGAGGUUUUAAAUAAUGCUCCAAUUCUAUGUGUCCAGUCUCACCUUGGUUACACAGAAAUGGUGGCCCUGCUUUUGGAGUUUGGGGCCAAUGUAGAUGCCUCUUCAGAAAGCGGCCUGACUCCUCUGGGGUACGCUGCAGCAGCAGGGUUCCUGAGCAUUGUGAUGCUGCUCUGCAAGAAACGGGCCAAGGUAGACCACUUGGAUAAGAAUGGGCAGUGUGCUUUGGUUCAUGCUGCUCUGCGAGGUCAUCUAGAGGUUGUCAAGUUUCUGAUUCAGUGUGACUGGACAAUGGCUGGCCAACAACAAGGAGUGUUCAAGAAGAGCCAUGCCAUCCAGCAGGCCCUCAUUGCUGCAGCCAGCAUGGGUUACACUGAGAUUGUCUCCUACCUACUUGAUCUUCCAGAAAAAGAUGAAGAGGAAGUGGAGCGAGCACAGAUUAACAGUUUUGACAGUCUCUGGGGAGAGACAGCCCUGACUGCUGCAGCCGGAAAGGGCAAACUGGAGGUGUGCCGUCUGCUUUUGGAACAAGGUGCAGCAGUGGCCCAACCAAACCGCCGAGGAGCAGUGCCCCUAUUCAGCACUGUCCGCCAGGGCCAUUGGCAGAUUGUUGAUCUUCUACUCACCCAUGGAGCUGAUGUCAACAUGGCAGACAAGCAGGGUCGUACUCCACUGAUGAUGGCCGCUUCUGAAGGCCAUCUAGGAACCGUGGACUUUCUACUUGCACAAGGGGCCUCCAUUGCUCUGAUGGACAAAGAAGGGUUGACAGCCCUUAGCUGGGCUUGUUUGAAGGGCCAUCUCUCAGUAGUACGUUCUCUGGUGGAUAAUGGAGCUGCUACAGACCAUGCUGACAAGAAUGGCCGCACCCCACUGGACCUGGCAGCUUUCUAUGGCGAUGCUGAGGUGGUCCAGUUCCUGGUAGAUCAUGGGGCCAUGAUUGAGCAUGUUGACUACAGUGGGAUGCGCCCUUUGGAUAGGGCCGUGGGUUGCAGGAACACGUCUGUUGUUGUCACUCUCUUGAAGAAAGGAGCCAAAAUAGGUCCAGCCACAUGGGCGAUGGCCACCUCCAAACCAGACAUCAUGAUCAUCCUGUUGAGCAAGCUGAUGGAAGAGGGGGACAUGUUUUAUAAGAAAGGUAAAGUAAAGGAAGCUGCCCAGCGCUACCAGUAUGCUCUGAAGAAAUUCCCUAGAGAAGGGUUUGGUGAGGACUUGAAAACCUUCCGGGAGCUAAAGGUGUCUCUCCUCCUCAACCUCUCUCGAUGUCGAAGGAAGAUGAACGAUUUUGGAAUGGCGGAGGAAUUUGCUACUAAGGCCCUGGAGCUGAAACCGAAGUCCUAUGAAGCAUACUAUGCGAGAGCAAGGGCAAAACGCAGCAGCAGCAGACAGUUUGCAGCAGCCUUAGAGGACCUGAACGAGGCCAUCAAGCUAUGUCCAAACAACCGCGAGAUCCAGAGACUUCUGUUGAGAGUGGAGGAAGAAUGUAGACAGAUGCAGCAGCAGCAGCAGCAGCAGCCACCGCCACCCCAGCAGCCUCCACAGGAGUUACCAGAGGAAGAAACAGAGCCUGAGCCCCACAAUGAAGAUAUAUACUCCGUACAGGACAUAUUUGAGGAGGAAUACCUUGAACAGGAUGUUGAAAACGUUUCCAUUGGCCUCCAGACAGAGGCUCGGCCCAGUCAGGGGCUCCCAGUCAUCCAGAGCCCACCCUCCUCUCCAGCCCAUCGGGACUCUGCCUACAUCUCUAGCUCCCCUCUUGGCUCCCAUCAGGCUUUUGACUUCCGGUCCAAUAGUUCUGUAGGUUCUCCCACUAGGCAAGGCUAUCAGUCCACCUCACCUGCUCUUUCUCCAACUCACCAGAACUCUCAUUACAGGCCUAGCCCACCACACACUUCCCCAGCUCAUCAGGGUGCAUCAUACAGGUUCAGCCCACCUCCUGUAGGAGGGCAGGGCAAGGAAUACCCCAGCCCUCCCCCUUCCCCUCUCCGUAGAGGCCCUCAGUAUCGGGCCAGCCCUCCUGCCGAAAGCAUGAGUGUCUACAGAUCCCAGUCUGGUUCACCUGUGCGCUAUCAGCAAGAAACAAAUGUUAGUCAGCUUCCUGGUAGACCAAAAUCUCCACUCUCCAAGAUGGCCCAGCGGCCCUACCAGAUGCCUCAGCUUCCUGUGGCAGUUCCCCAGCAAGGGCUCAGGCUACAGCCUGCCAAGGCCCAGAUUGUAAGAAGUAACCAGCCCAGCUCAGCAGUUCAUUCAAGCACUGUCAUCCCUACAGGAGCCUAUGGCCAAGUAGCCCACUCGAUGGCCAGUAAAUACCAGUCUUCUCAAGGAGAUAUAGGAGUAAGUCAGAGCCGAUUGGUUUACCAAGGGUCAAUAGGGGGGAUUGUAGGGGAUGGGAGACCUGUGCAGCAUGUCCAGGCCAGCCUGAGUGCAGGUGCCAUCUGUCAACAUGGAGGGUUGACCAAAGAAGAUCUUCCACAGCGACCUUCCUCUGCCUAUCGAGGUGGCAUGAGGUACAGCCAGACACCUCAGAUUGGGCGUAGCCAGUCAGCAUCCUAUUAUCCAGUCUGUCACUCAAAAUUAGAUCUAGAGCGUUCCUCCAGCCAGCUAGGUUCCCCUGAAGUUUCACAUUUAAUCAGAAGACCUAUCAGUGUCAACCCUAAUGAAAUCAAGCCCCAUCCACCAACUCCCAGGCCACUGCUGCACUCACAGAGCGUGGGCCUUCGCUUUUCUCCAUCUAGCAAUAGCAUCUCAUCCACCUCCAACCUAACUCCUACCUUCCGGCCCUCUUCCUCAAUUCAGCAAAUGGAGAUCCCACUGAAACCGGCAUAUGAUAGGUCAUGUGAUGAGCUGUCACCAGUGUCUCCCACUCAGGGAGGUUACCCCAGUGAGCCCACCCGAUCCAGGACCACACCAUUCAUGGGGAUCAUAGAUAAAACAGCCCGGACUCAACAGUACCCCCACCUACACCAGCAGAAUCGGACCUGGGCAGUGUCAUCAGUGGAUACCGUUCUCAGUCCCACAUCUCCAGGCAACUUGCCUCAGCCUGAGUCCUUCAGUCCACCGUCAUCCAUCAGCAACAUUGCCUUUUAUAACAAAACCAACAAUGCACAGAAUGGCCAUUUGCUGGAGGACGACUAUUACAGCCCCCAUGGGAUGCUGGCUAAUGGAUCCCGUGGAGACCUCCUGGAGAGAGUCAGCCAGGCCUCCUCCUAUCCCGAUGUGAAGGUGGCUCGGACUCUACCCGUGGCUCAGGCAUACCAGGACAACCUGUACAGGCAGUUGUCCCGGGACUCUCGACAAGGGCAGACAUCGCCUAUCAAACCAAAGAGACCAUUUGUGGAGUCUAAUGUUUAAAAGACAUCUGUUGGAGUGAGACCCAUAUGUUUUCACUGCACAUUUUCAGGCUUGGUUUCCACAUCUGAGGUAGUUCUCUGGCUUAAUUUCUCAUGUAGUUUCUGUGUGGUGUUCAGAGGUGGCAGCCCACAUGCUGAAAUCCUUUGCAUGCAGCCGACUGGGAAGCUGGCCUCCAGUGAGCCAGGACUUCAGUUUCUCGGGUCUGUGCUCCAGCCACAUGCUCUCUCCCUCUCUUCCAAUGCCAACGAGGAGAUUUUUGUGCCGUGUGCUUUAACCCAGGGAGAUCAGACACACUGGUCAGCUUUUUCCAGGAGACGAUCGCUUUCACUGAUGUUCUUGUUGUGUAAAUGUUUUCUUCCUUUUUAAAAAAUUAAGAUGUUCUUGUUUGUUUUCUUCUAGAACCUUAGGAAGUGUGUCAAGACUCUGUGUCCCUGCAUUCUUACCCAGUGUUAUCCCCAUGGCUAGCCCCAGUCCACUCCUGUGGCAUGGUCUCCCCAGACUCCAGCUCCCUGCAGUCAUCAGGUCUAGAAUAUUCAUUUAUGUUAUUGUUGGUCUUCCCAUGGGGUAAAGGAAUCUAGGGAGUAUGAAAAAGAAAGAAAUCUGUUAAAUUGGAAGGAAACCCCACUAUAAUUAUUUGAAAUGUUACACCACAUUGAUUUUCUAAGAAGCAUUUUGGGAACAUUUAGUAAACAACCAGCCCUUUACAUAAGUUGAUCAGCCAAGGAAAUUCCAUGAGCAUUUUGGGUAUUUUUUAAAGCAUGCACCAAGAGUUAUUCUCUGGGUUUUUAACUAACAAUUAGCCACUAAAAGCUGAUUUUACAAGGCUAGAGGAAGGAAUUGAUACAUAGAAAAGGAGAGAGGGGGAAAAAAAAGAUUGUUCUGGAUUCUCAGUAAAAGAAACCUGUCUUGAAGAAGUCUACUUUUAAAGACCCUGAAGCAGCACAAAGCCGGCCAUUCUGAGGGCUGGCAGGUGCAGUGACCCUAUUAGCUGCAUCUUCACCUAGAGCCAGGCUCUGUCCUGUUGGCUCUCUUUUCCUCAAAUCUAAAUGGUGUUGUGAAGAAACUGCUCCUUCCAGUACCUGCCUGGAUUCUCCUGGGACUGUAAAGCUGACCCCAGAGUUUCCACCCAGGACCACUGCACUCCACGCCAGUUGCUGUCUAAUCCUUUCAAGACCUGUGGUUUCAUUAUCCACUUUUAGAGAAAUCAUUUCUUUUCUGUCUAAGAAUGUUUAGGGGUAAUAUUUGAAAAUCAGAAGCAACAAAAAGUGUAACAGACCCCUUUUAGCCCUGGGCAGGGGCAUGAGACAGACAGUGGCCUCUUCUCCCAUCACUCUCUGCACACCUUCUGGGUCUGGGCUGUUUGCUAACCUGACUUUUAAAGAGCCAAGACCACUAUGAAGUAGACGGAUGAAGAAACCAAAGCCAUAGUGUAGUCCCAUCCCUGGACACACAGCGGCUCUUAAACAAAGCAACUCAACCCAGCAAACUAAACAAGGGAGUGUUGGCCCUGUGUUCUUAGGAAUCACUCUGCUCUUGUCAGUAAAGGGCUACAGGAAGAACAGUUUCCUGAGCAAAAUCCAGCUGUGACCUGCUUGUGAUACAGGUUCUCUGAAAGGACCAGUAAGAUCUGGGAGCAUGAAGCUUGAAUCCGAAAUCUCUCCUUACUAAUCCACCUUCUGCCAAGUAGGUGGACAUCCCCACAAGCCCCCAAGCCAAAACCAGGUCAGGACUCAUCUCUGUGCACAGAACACUUUUCACUCAUCAGACUGCCUCCUCCUCCUCCCAGACCAGAGUAGCCAUCAGUGGUCUCCACCUCUCCCAUCUGGAAGAGGAAGUUUAUAGCUUCAGGAUCAGCCUGUGGUUGAGAGCCCAGCAGCCGCUUGUCAGCACCCUGCCUGGACAGGUCACCUCCCUGUUGGUCUCUUUACAUCAUAUCUGAUUUAAACCAUAUCUAGGGGAGUGCUACAGUCCCUGUUUGGAAUGCCACCAGUAACACCUUUCCUAAGGCCCUGUGGUCUUGCAGAUUUCUACUGCUAGCACUUCCCCCACAGUCCUCAUUUUUCCAGGGGAAAAAAAAAUAUUUGGGGCCUAUAGCCCCACCCAAAAGUUCAGCAGUCAAAAUGCAAUUAUUUUGUAGCCAUCAUAAGAGAAAAUAAGAAUCACUACUGGUCAUGAGUGGUUUUUGACUAGAAAACACCAACAGGAGCUUCUUGAGGCACGAGACAAGGGUCUUUCUUGGAAGCAGACUGCCUGUGCCCUGUUUUGCUACUUCACUGCCAUGGAUUGAUCUUAGUACUGUAUUUUAGAGAUGCCCCUCCCUUCCCAGCAACAAACAUUUGCUGAACACAUGUCUAGCUUCAGGUGGGAGGAAAAUUUUCAAAUGGAACUUGCAAGUUCUGCUCACCCAGUUCACUUCACCCUUGAGUGGAGACAGGUGACAAACUUCAGCCUGUAGGGUUCUCACCAAAAUGUGCUCUGUUUGCCCAGAAUUCUUGCAUUAAUGGGUUUCCAUCACAUCAUGUCUAUAAAUGGGUGCACUUUACUGUUUGAACUCGUAACUCUGAUAAAUAAUGGAUAUUUAAGUGUGAGUAAUGUCUUCAUUAGAAAUUAGAAUCGCUCUUGUCUUUUAGUGUAUUUUUCAACAAAAAAAGGAAAGAAAUCAAGCAGUGGAUCACAACAUUUAUAGCACAAGAAAUAACUGUUGUAUAUAAGCAUCAAAAAUACUAAGAAUUUUUAAAUACGAGAAAAUAUUUGCAGUGAUUUUAAAGUGCUUUUCCAGCAAUUUUCUUAGGGACUCCUGAGACAUGGUUAAUUUAUUUACUGGAUCAGUAAGGCACACAAUUAACAAUUAAAAUUAAUGUUUAUUUACAAAGUAAAGGGAAAACCUGUGUAACAUGAGAAUUUGGCAUGGACAAAAUGGAGAUCAUUUUGUAUCUGCUGUUGUAUCUGUCCGGGUUGCAGACGUGCACUAUUAAAGUCCCAAGUUAAUAGAGCACAACCCCUUCCUGUUCUCCCAGGCACCCUGCUUUCCAGAUGUGUUUAACUUAAACUCGAUGGCUCAGGAAAACUCCGCUAAUUAGAAUCAUGUAGUGUCCCAGGUUGCUGUCCAGAUAUACAAGUUUGCUGAUUUUGGUUAAGCCUGGAUUAUUAAACACUUCUCCUAAAUUAUUGUAAACAGAACAGCUUAGAGAAAGGCGUUUCUCAGUCCUUAUAUUGUAUAGUAGUUUAUGAAACCCCUCUAAAUAUUGGUAUUUUUAUAUUAUAGAGAUAUACCCAAUAGAAAAUUUAAAAACCAGUAUCUAAUUUAAUAUCCAUAGGUAUUUUUCCUUAGAUUUUAGUCAUAUACAGUGGGAUAUAUGGACGUCACUUGUGUUUCACCGUACUCUACCACUAGGUGUCAGUGUGGCUCUGCACCACACUUAGUAGUAGCGAAGAAUGAUUCUGGAGCUGCUGCCAGGGCACCAGGCAGGCCUGUUGUAGACUGAGUUCAGGAAGAAGGGAACAGAGGCCCGGAACGGGUCUUCAUGCAUCCAUGUCACUUGUAGCAAGACAGAUUCUGAACACUACCUGCUUUGGACCUUCAGCCAGGCAGAGGCCGGAAGAAGGUUAAAUAGAAUUCCCUUCCCGGGAGAAUGGGAGUGUCGAGGAGCCUUAUCUUCCCCAUGACCAUCCCUCCUCAGUUCUGCUCAGCCUCCAACUUUUAUAACUCCAGAAGUAUCAUGGUUGGGUGGUUUGAUUAAAGAUAGUUAUUUUUCUACUGCAGAAAUGCCUUGGACAAAACCCGUUGUUCACUGAAUCUUUGCCACAUAAUGGAACAGGCUCCCCCAGGGGGCAGGACACACUGCCCCUGUGCCCGUCUCCUGUUGAGGCUCCCAGUGCUCAGCAGCCUCACCCACCCUGCCUGUCUGCCCUUGGGCUGCCCAGUUCUCAAGAAGCGGCCUGCUGCUUCUCUCCGAGAGCCAUGCUGCCCUGCUGCGCGCUUGCUGGGAGGUGUGACUUCUCCUUUUCCUCUGGGAAUUCCAGACCGACCAUCUACCAUGACUAACAAUGAACAAAGGGCUUAGGGGUAAGAGCUACCUACAAAGACGUGUCAUGGAAACCUUCACCAUGCAAUGCCUUGAACUCAGCUCUGGCUGCUUCCAAGAAAAGGUGGCUGGCUGGGGGCCUGGACACAAGCACAACGGGGCUGGUGGAGCCACUGUGCAGAGCUACUUGAAUAUUCACUGGGUCUUCAUCAACUCUUUUUGUAAUACAGACCACUCAAGGGCUGAAGUGUUGGUAACCUUCAUUUCGGUGUCCAAUGCCUCACAGCAGCUGAGCCACCCUGAGAUGCUUGUGGCCAGUGAUGGCCACAGUCAGAGCUUUGAAAGUCAGUACCAAAUGAACGUAUAAUUGGACACCAAAAAUCAAGUGUUGCUCUCAUGUUUCCUUACCCUGUCAUCUCAUUUCUUCCUGCUGACUGUGAGCCCUACACUAAGCUGACCAGUCAGGCUGCAGCUGGCUGCACGAAGAUGCCAGUGCCGUUCUCCUGGUUUCAGACAGACCUACUCUGGGGGAAGGAAGUGGCCCAGCGGCUUUGUUCCUGUAGCACUCGAUGGCUGAAUAUUUCCUUUGCUAGUCACUAACCAGAAAAAUCCGGCUAGGACUCAACUCCCUUCAGUCCCCAGGAUGAGACAGUUAAUUCUGGAAAAUUCAGUACUUGAAUGUACCUGCCUUACUGUGUACCAAUUUACUGGGGGGAAAGAAAAAAGGAGUUAGAGAGGCCAGCUCCAGAUCUCCACUUCAUUCACAGGUUAUUUUGGAAAUCCUGUAAGUUAUACUUCCUGUCCUGGUUUCUUGUUUUUGUUUUGACCACGCGGCUGAUUCCUGCUGAGUGGGGCCAGCUCCUUGUCGGGCUCAGGGCAGGUGCCAUUCUCAGGCAUGGCCUCCUUUCCAUCUAGCACAGCAUCUGUGUCUCUCUGUUCUGUCUCCUCCAAAUCCAAGAUGAUUUUAAUUAGUACAGACCUGUACAGUCUACAAUUAAAGAGUGAUUUGUACUAAUAUGAUUUUGAUUAUUCCUCUUUGCUGUCCUUUCAAGACACUUGCUGGAAAAAGCUUUAAUGCACUUAGUUUUCCUUUAGGUUUUCUAUAACUCAGAUGUAAAGGACUUUCUCUGUACAGUAUAUUAUCCAAUGCAUGUUUGUUCUCUAUCCUGAUAUAUUGAACACCACACAGUUGUGAACUCGUGCAGUGGGGAUGCCCACACCCAGCGGAGGCCUCCAGCCCCAUGUAUAAGGAAGACAUUUUCCUUUGCUGUAUUUGCUUGAACAGUUUUAUUGUCUGUACAUGUGAGCUGUGUGAGAUAGAUGUGAAAAGUUCAAAUGAAUGCAUUUUCCUGCCCCAUGUAUACAGAGCGUCAUCUGUACAAUGAACUGUAUGUACGAAAGCAAAUGUACUUAUUUAUAAAUGGUCAACACUUGGAGAAA